UCUCCAUUUUCAGCCCAAUGUGGGUUGUUUUUAACCCAGCAUUUUUUAGAGUGUAGUGCUUUUAUAGUAAUAAUUUUUAAAAUAAAGCAAAAUAACCUUAUUAUUGAUACAAAACCUGGACUGGUUGGACUUUCAGAGACUCCCUAUGGUGGGUCUAUAUGCUGUUAAUGAGUAUUUAUGGCAUUUGAUUGAAUACCAGUAACUGGUAACCCAAUUAGCAGUAGUUUGCACAAAAGCAGGAGAAAUUUUAUUUUUAAUAAGCUGUGACUCAGAAGUGCCAUUUACCUUUUGCAAUAUUCAGAAACAAAAAUGAACAAAACAAAUUAAAACCACGUUUUUUUUUUUGUUUUGUUUUUUUGACAAAAAUAAAAACCAUAUUGUGUUUCACCAAAAGAAGGGUCAAGUGAUUGUUUGGUACACAGUAAAAAAAAAACCAAAUCCUAAAGUCUGCAUAAUGACAAACUAUAUUAUAAUACAGAAGAGUAGGACUAAUUUGACAGCAAAACAAGAAGAAGAGCUUCAGAUAAAGCAGGAACAUGCGUAACUUUAUGAUUAGAUGGCAAUAGGCCAUAAACACGCAAUUUAAGCUUCUCUCCGGAAGACUUUCUUGGCACUUUGCCUGAAGAGCGUGGGGUCGUUUUAGGUCAGGCCUGGUGUGUUGUUGUAAAGGAAGUGCAGAGCAUUCGACUCUCUGUAUUUCACUUCCUUGUUUUUCACGUGCCGGAAUCACAUUUGAGAAAUCAGACGGCAGAGCAGUGGAAGGUUGAAGAGCAUGUCAAAAAAAAAAUUGUUGGUUUUCAUGUAAAUCAGCAAACGCAUUUUGUGCAUCUAAAAUGCACAAGGAGUCGCCACACACGCUCACUGGGGAUCAGUCUGAACAGGGCGACAUCGAUUCUGCAUGAGGUUAGAUUGUGGCCGGACCGAAAUGAAAUGAGUGGCUAACGACUGACCUCUUCCGCUGCACCACCACCACCAGCAACCUGUAGCAUCUAACCAGUGCCUCUUCACCAGCCUGAUACACCAACACACCCACAUACACACAAUUACCUAACAGAACACCAUCAGACUGUGACAUCAGGUGCAAGGGGAUGACCGAACGCAUUCACCACAUUAAUCUCCACAACUUUAGCAAUUCUGUACUUGAGACCCUCAAUGAGCAGCGAAACCGCGGGCACUUCUGUGACGUGACUGUUCGGAUCCAUGGUAGCAUGCUGCGAGCUCACCGUUGUGUGCUGGCUGCAGGCAGCCCCUUCUUUCAGGACAAGCUGCUCCUGGGCUACAGUGACAUCGAGAUCCCCUCUGUGGUUUCUGUACAGUCCGUCCAGAAACUGAUUGACUUCAUGUACAGCGGCGUGCUGCGGGUCUCCCAGUCCGAGGCCCUGCAGAUCCUCACAGCUGCCAGCAUACUUCAGAUCAAGACCGUUAUCGACGAGUGCACCCGCAUUGUUUCACAGAAUGUUGGCAUUGCUGGAUCUGGCAGCUUUUCCGUCGUCCCAGGUGACUCGGGGCAGGAGACACCACGGGGAACUCCCGAGUCUGGCACGUCCGGUCCCAGUAGUGAUGCCGAAUCAGGCUACAUGCAAACAUCUCACCAGAGCCUUGACCGCGUUUAUUCCUCGCUUUAUUCCAGCUGUCCUGGGUUGGGCCUGCAAAACGGUACCCGUGGAAAUCGCUCCCACUAUGCCAGUUCUGCGGUGACCGCCAGCUACGACUCACCCCUUCAACUACAGCAGAAGGAGGGAGGGCAGGACCCUGCCUGGAUCACACGCAUCCAUGAGCGUUCGCAACAGAUGGAGCGCUUCCUGGCCACGUCGGAGACUACACACUGCCGUAAACAGCCUCGUCCUGUGAGGCUCCACACAGGUGAUAUUCACAUCAAGCAGGAACAAGGGGACGAGUACAAUUGCUAUGGGCUUGAGGACUGUCGUGAGGACAGCGAGCAGCUGGAGUGCAUCGAAAGCGAGCCCAAAGGCGAGAGCUUCGACUCUGGCGUCAGCUCUUCCAUUGGCACGGAAACCGAUUCUGUCGAACAGCCUUUCAUGUCUGGGUUUGCUCGAGACAAUUGUCCGAAUAAAAGCCAGCAAGGUGAGCGUGGAACCCCAGUGCAGAUCGAGGUCAACGAUUCAUCUCCCGAGCAGACCCAAGAGUCGGUCGAAGAUGGUAGUGGAAACGGUCCUUCUCAAGAGAGUGGUGAGCUUGGAAUCCAUCAGCCGCCUCAAGCCAACCUAGCAACACCCCAGUCCAUGCCAGGUGGGCCAUACCUGCGGCCAGGUGAGCCACUUACCAGCAACCUGCGCAUGCCCCUCACCUUGACCAGCAACACCCAGGUAAUGGGAACCGCAGGCAACACGUACUUGCCUACACUCUUUGCAACCCAGUCAGCCAGCGACAACAAGCCUUUCCUCUUCAGUCUGCCCCAGUCCAUUGGGAGUCAGCAGCCCCAAUUUGUGGCAGUGCCCUCUCCGAACAUGCCUCCAUUCCCCAGUGGACUGACGGUGCCACCCGGUGGAAGUCAACAGCAAGGUGGUGCGGCAGUGGGACAGCAUGGGGAAAAGAAGCCCUACGCAUGCACUCUUUGUUGUAAAACCUUUACUGCCAAACAAAACUACGUCAAACACAUGUUUGUGCACACAGGUGAAAAGCCGCACCAGUGCAGUAUCUGUUGGCGUUCGUUCUCGCUGAAGGAUUAUCUUAUCAAACACAUGGUUACACAUACAGGCGUCCGAGCAUACCAGUGCAGCAUCUGCAACAAACGCUUCACCCAGAAGAGCUCCCUCAACGUCCACAUGCGCUUGCACCGCGGAGAGAAGUCCUACGAGUGCUACAUCUGCAAGAAAAAGUUCUCCCACAAGACCCUGCUGGAGCGCCACAUGGCCCUGCACAGCACCGGAACCGGGGUCUCCGGGGUCAGUGCCGCAGGAAGCGCCGGAGGCCCCGCAUCCAUCCCGGUUCCGAUGGCCGUUCCUGAGCCGGGAGCGGGAGUGGUGGCCCUCGCCAUGCCGGUGGGAGCAGGCGGAGCAGGGGGCGGAGUCGGAAGCACCGGAGUGGGUGUCGCUGCGGAAGCAAGCUGCCAGGAGGGGACCACCUACAUGUGCUCCGUGUGCCCUGUCAAGUUUGACCAAAUCGAGCACUUCAAUGACCACAUGCGCAAGCAUGUCUCCGACGGAUAAGUACAAACAAAAAACUUACGUAAAAAAGAAUGAAAUGAUAAAGAAAACGGCACUAGAUUUUUUUUCUUAUAUUGGGGGCAUGAAGAGUAAUGAGUAUAGACACUGGCACAUUAAGUUUUCUAGAAAAAAAGAAGCGUUUAAUUUCUUUUCUUUUCUUAUUUUUUUUUUUGUCCUUGCUAUUCUUAAAGAAUAAAAAAAGAUGGUGGCCUUAAGGCUGUGUAGUUGGAUAAUGAUCCACUGGCUGGAUCCAUACUACUGGCCUCUAAAUGUAUGCUUUCCUUAAAUACUGAUUUAUGUGUUGAACACUACCGAAAGGCCUGCGAAAGAACACACAAGAAAAAAAAAUUCACAUGCGCGCACACACUCAGACAUACACAAACACAUAUACACAUACCAAUGCAUGCACUCACACGCACAAACUACUUAUACACACUUAUAUAUGGUAGAGGUAUUUUGUACGUAUGUGUAUUUGUGCAUGUGAGCGUGCGUGUGCACAAAAAUAAACAUUGCAGUGAAUUUUUUAAACUUGUAGAUCUUUUCCCAUGUAGACCGUAUUGGACACUAUAAGCGUCCAAGCUUACUGUGGUAUAGAUUAUAAAAAAAAAAAAAAUUAUAAAAAAAAAAAAAAAACGAGAAAAAAAACAUUUGGCUCUAGAUUCAUUCUAAAAUAUUGAUGGUCACAUGUUUGCCUUUUUACGUGCGAUAAGAACAGGAGAGUUGUUCAAUUUGACACUGGGUUUUUAUUUAUUAUUAUAGCAUUGAGGGAUUAUGAUGUUGAUGUUGUCAAGGUACAAGCCAGUUUUACUAACUGUACUAAAAUGGGAAUUGAUGAAUGAAUGAUUAUUAUGAUUAUGAUUUUUUUUCUCCCGCCACACUUUUUUAAUGGUUCAGGUCAAGUUUACAAAAAAAAGUUUAUCAAUGACAGUAUUCGAGCAAAAACUUUGAAUGCCGUUAAUAAUUUCCAAUUCGUUUUGCAUACACUGCCACUUAGAAGACGACUGUUAGUUGACCUCUUCCGCUUCAAAACGAAAUGUGAUAUAAAGUUUCAAGCAAUUGAUUUAUUCUUUUCAUUUGCUCCAUGGUUCUGUUUUUUAUCUUAGGAAAACAAGAGAAAAAAAUGGCAGAUUUUAGUAUGCAAACAGGCCCAGAAUCCAAGUUAACUGCUGCUCCUCACGUGCUCACUUUGAGACUGUUAUCAGCUGUAGAAUCCAACGUCAUGUGGAUAUUUCUCUAAUUAUUAUUAGUUCUCAGUGAACAUGGGAAACGUUAAGCUAUUUGGAGCCAUGGGCUAGAUUAGAUCAAAAGUGAACUGGACAGGAAUAACCUCCUAAAUACGUAAAAUGAUGUAUUUCCUGUUAGCGGCAACUACUAUGACUCAGUUGUUUGAGCCGGUGGGGUGACUAAAAUGCACUACUCCUGUUCCUAAAGCCCCACCUAGUGGCUCAAACAGCCGUCCUUGUUUUUUGCCUGAUGGGAAAUACAGAUGGGGAAGGAUAUAGGCAACAGAAAAAAAAGAAAAAAAAAGAAACAUCUACUGAACCACAAUAAAAUAAACACGGUCAUUCUACUUUAAUAUACCACAGGGAGAAAGCUCUCCAAACAAUAAGAAACAUUCCCAAUUUUACCGAUAUCUAGACAUUGUGUGUGUACUUGGGAAGUGAGUUAAGAAGGUUGUAUUUUUGGUGUUACGUCACUCAGAAGCUCUGUGUUCAUAUUUGGCUUUGUUAUACACGUAUUUUAUGGAUAUAAAAGACUCAUCUGCCGUGCAACUGCAAUCAGGCAAUUUUGCUCACUUAUCUGAGUAGAUACACCUUUGAAGUGUCGUUAAAAUGAUGACAAAAUGUAUCAAUCAGUUUAUUUAGACUUUUUUCCAUUUUGGAAUUUGGUCGCAUAAGUUGUAGGUUUGAAAAACAGUGCUACUUUGCACAUUUACUUCAAAAUCCUGUGCUUAAACGUUGAAUUGUUUUACUUAAGAAAUUAAAUUCUAUGAUUUUCUCUUUUUAUUUUCAUUGUUUAUAAAGGAAAUAUCUUUUCUUAAAAGCUUGAUAAGAGGACUGCAUUGUUUUCUUGCAUAUAUGUUGCACUGCUUAAACCAAUAAGUGCACUACUGUUACCAGAGAUGUUCUAGUUUUUAGAGAUAAUCAUUUUUUUUUUUUUUUUUUUUUUUUUUUUUUUAAAUCAAAUAUUUGGUUCUAUAGUUCACUUGUGUUUGAGUAGCUUUGUUCCUUUUUUUUUUAUUAUUAGAUGAUUAAAUUUUUCUUGGCUUUGUUAUCAUCACUUGCUAUUGUAUUUACUUUGUGCUGUUUAUGCAAGUUUUUUCUUUUCUUCUUUAUUUAUAUUUAAACCAUUGUGAGCUUAUCCCUGGUCAGAUCCUAAUGAUGUAUUGCUUACACCACUUCCAUCCCUUCCCACAUCCCAACACCACCCCGAUGCAGUUAAUUCAUUCAAGCAAAUGCUCGGUUUUCUUCUCAUUCAUACCAAACUAAAAAAACAAAACAAACAUAAAAAAAAAAAUCCAUAAAACCACAAAACCACAUUUAAAAAAAAAAAAAUUGUAGUGUGUGCCUAAAUAUAUGAUAAAUGUCUUUUAGAACAAGUAAGUUUCUACGAGAGGGUCGUUGUGCAAAGCUUUUAGUGCUGUCUAGGGAUCAAGCACAUUUAUGUAUGUGUUUGUAUGAGCAUGUGUGUGCAACAUGUUUGUGUGUGUAUAUUCCUCUAUGUGUGUGCUGUACAAUUUGUGACGCCUGAACUGUAGGGCUUCCUUUGCAAUAUGCAGUACAGGUACGGCAACAGUGACAACAUGUUAUUUUACACACUUAGGAGUGCAUUUGGUAACUUUCUCAAGAACAAUCAUUACUAUAUUCCCUACAAUAAAUAACAUGAGGAACAUGAUGCUGUUAAGGCCCUUGCUUUAAGUCUGAACGAUAUGAUCUGGCCUAACUCAAUGCUGUCCCGGUGAAUUCAUCGUGCUGUGAGACCAAACGUCGCUUUUUACUCAAUUUUAUGCUGCAAAGCUUGGCCACAGGCUGUUUUGUAUCGGUCUGAGGUGUUGCCUUAGACUAGCGUACGUGUUUGUUGGUCAUUUCGAAUCGAGUUUCUUGUUUUUUAGACCUGGUGCUUCAGCUUGCCGUACCAUUUGAACAGUUGUGUUGAGUAGCGAAAUGAGAAGAAUGUUCUGUUGGUUGCAUUUGGCCUGUCUUUGGAUAAUCAAGGUGAUUUUUGGCGGUGACACUAGAGCUGCACGAUUAAUCGUAAAAAGAUCGCGAUCACGAUUCAAACACGCACAUAGAUCUUAUUUAUUAAUGACAACGAUUUGCCCGUGUCUAUUGACAAAAUCAUACCAGAACAUUCAAAUCUGUGUUCGUGCUGCCGCUAAACCAAAGAGAGAGCAGUUUUGAACCACACAGUAGUUAUUUCCAGGGUUGCCAGGUUUUCAUAAUAAAACCCGCCCAAUUGCUACUCUAAACUAGCCCAAUCAUGUUUCAGGGGAGGUCCUCCGGUAAAAAUCGCGUUCCGGGGGUAAAAUCCGCAUUUUUGACGGGGUUCCCCUGGUAAAAUUCGCAUUCCACGGGCUAAAUAUCAUGUUAUUUGGAGUUGCUUCAACUCACGGACAUAAAAAAAAAAAACGACCCGCGGCAACAGUGUUAAAGCAGCCCAAUUCCACGGGAAAACCGCGAACUUGGCAACACUGGUUAUUUCUGUGUUACAAAUAUUCAAAUUAUCACAUAUGCGCUAAGAUAAAUGUUUACAGUUUGGAUAUAAACACUGAUGUCUACGAUAGCGAUCAAAAUAGAGCAAACCACCUUUUGAAACUAACUUGGCGCUUCAAAUAACGGUUGUAUCAAUUACAACGUUACGCCAGUAGGUGGCGACCAGUGACUGUUAAAAAAUGUAUUGUCAUUGAAUCAUUCAUUCAAAAGAUUCGUUCAAAAACACUGAUUCAUCCAGUAAUGAGUCAUUGAAUUGUUUUAUUUAUAAAAUUAUUUAAAAUAAUUCAUUCAAAGUAAUUAAUAUUUUGUCAGAACCUCUAGUAAAUUAUAUGUUAUUUUGUUAACUUGUCUAUUUAGAAUCAUGGGAGAAUCGUGAUUUCUCAUUUUAUCCAGAAUCGUGCAGCUCUAGGUGAUACUCGAAAGCGUCCUGUCUCAUCCAUUUAUAGUUUUGUUGGUUCUCAAUUGUUGAUAUUGUCCGUAGUUUGAUGAUCCAUUAUCAGCAUAGGCUUAUUUUUGAACUACAAUAUAAUUUAGUGUCAGUUCAAUCAUUUGAAUUCACAGAAACAUAACUUUAUACCAGAGCAUAUAUGUCAGGGGUCAGGCCAACCUAAACAUGAACAUUUCCACCAUUAAAGCACCUAAUGAGCGCUACUAGAGAGCAGAUAAAUCGAUAUCACUUCCAAAUGGUUUGCUAGAUAAGCUAUGUUGUUCAAGUAACAUCCUUUUGUGGGGGGAGGGAGAGGAUGCAUUGGCCAUCAGCUGUGUCUUUAAGGAUAGCCUUAAUCAUGUUUGAAUCAAGCAACCAAAUGCAAUAUUGCUUGUGAAGGUGCUGUUGCAAUUUCUUGCGUUUAUUUUACACAAGGGAAGGGGGACAGAAAAGCAACCUUGCAAUACAGUGUUGGACGAUUGUCUAGUGAUGGUUAUGAAGGACGUACGUAUAUAGCUACAUGCAAAUCGCUGAUUUCUCUUCUCAUCUUGGUAUAGAUUCAUAACCAGGCAACAGUGUCACCGGUCCUCGUAUCAGGCUUCACGUCUCAUCUCGCUUGUGUUGAAGUGCUAGGAGGCUUUAAUGUCCGAUAUUACCGUUACUCCGUGUUUGUUCAUAUGUAAAAAGCGAAAAACAACAACUACGACGGGAAGAAAAAAAAAAGUUUUAUUUCACAGAGACUUUGUUUAGCCAAAAUUGUGUAGUUUGUGAAAGUGUAAAAAUCUGCACGAAAAUGUUUAGACACAAUUCAGAUGCUUAAAUGUCAUAGUCUUCGAUCCAUCGCAUCUAGACUGGACACGGUUCUCGUGGGUUCUAAAAAGCACUAUGACGAUCACUUCUAUGGGUAGUUCAAAUAGACUUUUUACAUUACUUACAGUAUAUAUUUACAGUUCUUAAAUGUAGAAUUAGCUUUUAUUUUUGUUUCUGCUUAAAAUGGUAAUUUUACAAUACAUAUGGAUUUUCUUCAGUGUACAGUAUAGAUACAGCCUUCUCUUCGCUAUUACAGUAAGUCUUCUUUUCUCCUUGCUUUUUAACAAAGGUACAUUUUUUAAAAAAUUCUUAAUUUAUAAAUAAUAUCUAUUCCUAGAGUAUAGGCUUGUGGGCACAGAAAAGACCUUGGAAAACAUCACCAAUAUUUAUAUGUUUUGCUCGCUUGACAGAGUGAAUAUUACUUGGAACCGCUGGAAUGACUGGUUUUGUUGUAUACGCUCAGAGUUUUUUCGUAACGUACAAAAUAUAUUGCGCAUCCUGUAAUACUAAGUGGAUCCAGUCCAUUUUCCCCAUCUGUGUUUUUAAACAGUAAGAUUCAAUCUAACAUUGCUGCACUGAAAUCUUUCAACUUGCAGUUUUUCCUUCUUCUAGCAAACAAAGACGUAAUAUUCUCUACACAACGGUCAAAAUAAUCCAAAACAAGAGUAUCCAUGUGUUCAUCAGCAUCUACAACAGAUAGUACUGUAACCAAAACAACACCUAACACUGUACAUGUGGAGUUUUACAAUGCCUCUCCUUUGUAGAAGAAAAAAAAAUGAUGAAGUGCCUCUUUUUACAGAUCCAAGCUUAAUAAAGCUCACAAUAAUACUGUUAUUUUUAUUCUGUAAUAAUAAUACAGUAAAAAACAAAACAAUAUUCACUGCCUAAAAUGAAACACACACGCAUAUUUAUCAACUGUCAGACAGAUCCCUCUGUGAGGCAAGUAUGAGGACUACCAGCAAUAAUAAUCACAAAAUAGAUCUGAAAUGUCACAAAAAGGACCACUAAUAAGUAAGGGUGUUUUAUUGUGUUUUAACCCCUGAAAUCACCAAAAUGAAGCUUAUUUUAUACUACAAUAUACAGUGUUAUAUUGUGUCCAAAGUGCCCCUGUUAAAAUUAAUAAUAAUAAUACUAAUAAAAAAAAAAAAUUUGUUUUGAUUUUUUUUUUUUUUUAUCCAAACCUGCCUUUAUCAUUUUUACGAUUACAAGUCGCAUAUUUUAAAUGCCCUAUUGAAAAUGUCUGCCUUUUCCGUAUGCAGUUUAUUGGACAUUUAUAUAUGUGAACAAAACAAACAAACAACAACAAAAAAGAUCGUUCUUCCUAUUCUUUUUCCUCUUCUUCCUCUCUUCUUCUCUUAGAUGCUGAAUUUGCUUGAGAUGACAUCUUUUCUUUCAAAGAUGUUGAUGCUAUAUGCUUUUGAGCAGUUGUUGUUAUACAUAAUCAACAUAAUAUUGUGUACGCCGUAAUCAAUAUUGCAAUGGUUUAUGUGAAAAGAGGUCAUUGUUGUUCUGUGAUUUUGCGAGAUUUUACAGACUAAGUCUGUAAACUGAAACUAGAGUAUAGUCAAAGCGAGCUGUUUUUUGAGGAAUAUAACAGAAAAUGAAAACCGUUUUAAUCUUUGUAGUCGGUAGACGACCAUAUCAUACGUUCAAUACCAAAUUUAUUUAAUCUUUUUUUUUUUUUUUUUUUUUCUCCAGAGGUUAGAUAUGUAAGCAUGCUUGUGAUUACACACUUUUCUAACACUUCUCUUUCUGCGUUACAGCUCUGAAUGGUAUUCACUAUUGAUUAUAUGAUAUUCUUCUGCUUGUAUCAUAGGCUCAAAUCCAAAGACAAAGCAUUUACUCUAUUUAUGAUGACAGAGUUUGUUUGUUUGUUUGUUUUUCAGAAACAAUAGUAAAGUAUACAUAUAUUUACAGGACAAAGUACAAUACAGAUUUUAACAGGAGAAGCAAGCAAACAUAAAAUAUCUUUAGAUGAAUCAUAUAUAUAUGUGUGUGUGUGUAUAUAUAUAUAUAUAUAUAUAUGAAAUUUCAGAUACAGAUACUGCAGUUUCUUUACUAAUCACACAAGGCAUACUUUUAAUAUUAAUGCUGACUACACAAGCACGAUUCCCACUUUUUACUGGAAAACGCAAGUGUGCUCAUGUCAUUUGCAUGUUGAGGAUAGCGUUUUCUUGGCCACUGAAACCUGGGAGUUUAUCUCCCGUAAUGAGCCUAUAGUUGGGAUUUGGAUUCAGGAUAGUUUGCAUGCUUUUAGCGACACCCACAGUUUGAAACAAGGCCACUCAGUGGAUUGUAUUUAAGGGCCUGAAAGGAAUGGAGUGAGGGCCGGACAGAUGCUGGUGCUUGUGCUGGACUUUUCUUAUCUGUGCGCUACAUGUUUUGUGCUUUCUCUAUCUUCCACUACCGCUGUAUACACCGAAAAGGAAUCAAUCUGUCCUGUUAAAAUGUAAUCUUGUCUGCCUAUGUGUCAAGAUUAAUACAUGACACCUCAGUUCAUCAGUAACAGUAGGUGUUUGAAUAACUACUAGCAUUUUUAAUCAAAUAAUUAAGCAGUCAAAUUAUGUGUAACAGAUUUUGUUCUGCUACUACAAAGCCUGACUAUAACAGUCAUAAUGAAGAAUUCCUGGUGGAAUAUAAUCUGACGUUGGACCAAAGUCAAGUAUACAUUUUUACGCAUUUCUAAACUUCUACACGCCUACAAAUUUCAUGACAUCAAAAUUUUAAUCUGUUGAUUAUAUAAUAUAUUGAGUAUUCUGGCAAAUACUUUAAAACGCAUUAUGGAAUGGUUUCUAAUGCUUCCCUUAUGUUUUUGCAUGAUAACAUGCUUACAAUCUAAACUAAAAAAAUUAAAUGUAUUCUCAAAAAUGACUUGGAGCACUAUGAAUUUCUUUGAUUUUUAUUCCAUUUUAAUUCUACUUCCCUAAAAAUGGAGGGAUUAAGUGCAUUUAUAAGACAUCCUUAAUUAAAUGUACACUAUGUAACUGUUGGCCCACUAAUGGUUAAAAAACAAAACUGCAUGCAUUUUGCGGAAGAACACUGUGUUGGUUGUGCUUCGGCUCUGCGUGACUGUGCGGAUGAAUAUGGUUAUCCUGCUGCUAAUAAAUCAUUCACUACUUGAGAGAGAUUUAAGAGUUUAGAUGGAAAAGUUCUCAAGCUGACUAGCAGAAGUCGUUACUGUAGCUUUACCCAUUAGCCGCUUUUCCACCGUCAGGCCGAACGGUUCUUAGAAUGGUAAGGAACGGUUCCAGUUGUGUUUCCACUUGAGCCUGGUUUACAAACGAUUACAAACCGUUCUCGGCCUGAAAUUCUCGGCACGCUGAAUAGUGCUGGUAGAAUCCGUGAAGUGACAUCGCCACUCAGGAUUGGUCACUUGUCUGCUACCAGUUUCUCUGUAGCUGGCUAAGCGCUCUAUUUGAGCGACGUAAACACAAGUUAAUAAUAAAAUUAAAAGAAAUAUCUGACCAUCCUCCAUAACGUGGUCGUUAUUUACAUCUCAUAUAAACAGUAAACCGUUGCGUUACCAAGACAACGCAAUGAGAACCGUUCGGCCCGACGGUGGAAAAGCCAAGCGGCUAUUAAUGGACACGGUACUUCCUUGAAAAUAAAUUACAGCACAACCUACACCCAUAUGAAAUGACCCUUCACAAUAGAUAAUGCUUUACAACAAACUCAAUUCAAUAAAAUACCUGACUCACCUGUUGAGUAAUAAAAACACCAUCCCCGCGUCACUUUUACAACAUUUCAAAUCCCUCAGUUCUCGCCAUCUCCAAAAAGCCAAUGUUGAUUCUUGUUUUACUAAGAGGUCUGUCCUGCUCUCUUUUUUUACCAGCAGAAUCUCCUCUGUUUGGCGUUUGUUUAAAACGGGUGAUUCCCCGGAGGUUGGAGAUUUAGCGGCUCCGUGUCAAUCUUUCUCGCUCGUUGUGACCGUUAACCUCUGCCACUCCCACUCCAGACACGCGUCAAAGUAGGCGGAGCAACUCUUUCUCUAUUUACGCUUAUGACGAGACACGCACGGGCGAGUGACGUACAGUGUGUACACAAUUUCCCGCGAAAACCAACCCGUCAGGUCUAAAAUAUAAACGCUUAUAAUAGGCGUACAAUAGUGAAUCAUCAAUAGUGAAGUCAAAAACACGUUUUGGAAGAAAGAAUGAUGCUGUAUUGACUCAUUAUUUAAUUUUUGUUCAUUUUGAACAAAAAAGUGACAUUGUGUACCUUUAAUUUCUGAAUGAUGGACAACCCUGCUGUUACUGGUGAUCUGAGAUGUGGUUUUUGUUUACUCCUUUGACAAUUGCCAUUUUGGGCAGUAAGAGUUUUCUGAUACAUUGGACUCUAAGCCAACAUAGCUGCACAAUUUGACUUCUCUAUUAAUUCCUACAGACUGUAUGUGGAAGGUAAUACAGAUUUGGAUUGCUACAAUGUGGAACAAUGAUGUUCAGAAACAGAAGACAGGAGAAUAUGACACAACACACAUUUAGGCAGAUCUUUCCUGACAUUCAUUGACAGUACCUAAUCAGUUAUACAAUAUAGAAACUUCUUUCAGCUACACUUUCAACUAUGAUUUAAACAUUAUAACUCUCUAUGGAAGUACCAUGAAACAGCAAAUUUAGGCAUAUUUACACAACUAGUGCAUAUAGUUUAGUGUAGUUAAAAUAGAUAAUUUACCUAGGUCUUUAAUAAUUUAAAAUGUCUCGUUUCAUGCAAUCUUCUUCACAUAGUUUUUCUACAGGUUUUCAGUCCUGUAGCAAAUAUUAUUAUCUCCAUGUAUGUCGAAUGUUUGGAUUCGGUGGCUAUUUUGAUUUAGUCUGUUUCCAAAUGAAUUUAGACUGACCCACAGUGGAUGCUUGCUUGGACUUUAGACACUACUCAUUUGGUAAGCACUUAUAUCCGAUCAUUCUAAUACCAUUCUUGUCUGUAAUUUUGAUCCGAGUUUAAUGUAGAAUUGAGGAAUCGUCACACCCUUAAACACUCCUCUAAAAUGGCUUAACAAAUCUAGUGAGAUUUUCACCACCAUUUAAUGUAUUCAUUUAUUUUACUGCUUAGCUUAAGAAAUAUAAAACAACACAAAAACUGCUAUUAAAGCCCUAGUUAUAAACGUUAUUCUGAAAUUUGAACAUUUUUUGGACAUUAAUGCUGCAAUACAACUGCUCCUUUGAAUAUGGAUGUUUGGGGCCACUAAUUUUUUUUUUUUUUUUUUUUUUCAAAUACAGCAUGUCAACAAGAAAACAAUAUUUUAUUUUAAAAGGCUUUGAGAAUCUUUGCAUGAUAUCAUAAUAAUUUUGGCAUAGUUCACCUGUUUGUUUUUUCUUUAUUCUUUUAUUUUAAUGUUUUAACCAUUCUUAUUGUACCAAAUGUACUAUUGCUUGAGCAGCACAAAGCAAACAAAUUAAAUAGUCCAAAGUUCCUAAAGUGAUUUGAACGCAAUUCAUUAAAUUACAAAAAAAAAUUUGUGAAGUCUGAAAAGAGUUUAUCCACAAUAUCGACCAUGAAGGUCUGUAAAGUUUCUGUUAACACCAAAGAAUUAUGUCAAUAUCAACAGAAACACAAUGUGUAAAACAUCCUGAAAUUUGGUCAUGCUUGUGAAAUAUGUGCAUCAUUUUCAUUCUGUGCUCUGAUAACACUGAUGGAAACUCCUUUAAAUAGUUUCACCCAUUUUUUGAUUUGUCAAAGUUAAUUUGCUCCCAAUAUUAUUAGCUUCAGCAACAUCAAACAAACAUCUAAAAUGAAAGCAAUUGCACUGAUGCAAGAUAAAUAGAUUUUCAUCAUGUUUUUCUUUCUUCCUCAUUUCAGCUGCUCUGCUUCGUGCAAAGGAUGUUAAGAUUCACUUAUCUGUCAGCAUGGACCAAGCGUUUCAUUUGUUGUGUUUGCAUGUACCUGUUUUUUUUUUUUUUUUUUAGGUUAAUUUACCAAAAAAUUGACCUUUAUAGAACAGCUCUAUAACAAAAUUUCCAGCUGUGAUUUUUGAACCUUAAAUUAAAUAUUAAAUCAAACAAAUGAAUAUGGAAAUACAUGUGAGAUUAGUACCACCAUUUUAUCUUUAAGGACCAAAUUCCCAUUUUUCUUUGUAACAUAUUGUGAUAUCAUAUAAUCAAUGUAAAAGAAGGUUUAAUGUGAGUAUUUGGAUGGAAACACUCAUAUCAGUAUAGUAGAAUUUACCCCUUGACAAAUAGACAAUGUAGUAACAUGCCAUGGGAUACUUCACUAGCUUAUUUCAUAACUUUUAUUCCUAUUUUCUGUGCUGUUUUGUGCUGUUUAGGUGACUACAUUAGCUGUUUUCAAAAAGAUUUGGUAUUUUUCACUGUUUAAAGCCAUAUCUUAAGCCUUGUUUUAUUCUUGCACUAGCACAUAAUUUAUUUUCACAAACUUCAUUAUCUUUAUUUUUUUUUUUUUCCAGAAGUUCAUAUUGAAACGUUCAAACUGAGCAAAUGUGGAGCUGUUGUAGUAAAGGUAUUAAACAUUUUACAGUAUUCAAACAACCUUAAAAUUAAAAUCUGCGGUUGUCAUUUUCAUUUGUGUUUGUCCAAUUUCUAUUAUUGUUGUGAAAAAUGUGUUUGCUUUAUAACACCUGCUGUUUAGAGAUAUAGAAUAAGGUGUGCGUGUGUGUGUGCGUGUGUACAAGGCCAUUUUAUUUUAUUUUUAUAUGUCAAACACUGGACUAGAAUACGUUUUUUUUUUUUUUUUUUUUUUUUUUAAAUUGUGAGACAUUAUUUGUGCGACGUCAGUCAAGCCAAGUCAAAUUCUGAUUUGAUUUGAAUAGGGCUUUCAUGAACACAAAGCAGCACACAGAAUUGUUCCAGCCAAACACAUUCAGUUUGUUCAGCUACACAGGGUUGUCUACACUCAACUGUCUCUCAAAUGAAUUUGACCCCGUUUUUUUUUUUAAUCACCCUAAUAUCAUAGAGAUCUAUUUUUCCCCCCACAAAAAUCUAAUAAAAUGUAAGAAUGUUAAAGAAAGUAAUUGCAUGAUAAAAUGUCAAAAGGCAAACCACUGAGAGAAACCACUAAACAUACAGUAAACCACAGUUGAUCCCUGUAGCAAUCCUCAUUGACUUCAACCCAAAUACCACUUCUCAAACCAGAAAAGAAUUUUGCACUAAAGUUAUUCUUGGUCUUCUUUGAUAAAUAGCAAUAGAACACCUAACAUAAACGUGAACCAACCGUGUAAAACAACAAAAGCUUUCUGUGCUCUUAAAUUAUGCUAUUUUGUUUAAGAAAAAAAGUGUGUUUUGCAUUCUUUGUUUAUACAGAUACAACAUCGAAGAUGUGUGAUGAUGCUGAGGCUGUAAAGUUAAAGAAAAUACAUAUAACAUGUCCAAGUUGUAGGUACAUCAAAUUAAAUGCUUCCUGUUUCCUCUUGUGAUCGUUUUGAACAAUAAUUGUACUUUUUUUUUUUACAAGGUAAAGAAGAAGUGGAGAAGGCAGGCUGUCCCAGAAACAUGAAGACAUGUUUUUUUUUGUGUGUGUGUUUCAACACUAAUGAAAUAUUUACAGGGGAAUAUUCAUACAGGCCCACUCGCUCGACUCUCUGGAGAGAUCUGCGUGUCAGAGACCUUAAAUUGAGCGCAAACGUAUACUUAUUGCUUCUUAAAUUAGUUGUUGCUGUUCCUUUAAAGCAUUCGUCCGUAUACUGCCAUGUUUCUGGGACGUUAUUUUCUCGUACAUCAAAAGGCAUGGUCCGGUUUCAACCUCUACGAUUAGGAGUGGUUCUUUUCUGACAUAUUAUAAAGGAAGAACGUGUGAGUGAAGCUGGAACAUCAAGCGUUUCUUAAUUACAGGUGAUGAGUGAUAACGUCUAGCAAUCAUGCAUAGUGGUGGUCUUUGGUUUCUGGAAAUAGUGGCUUUCCUGUUAAAACUGCUUUGUGGUGUUGCAGAGUUUGUCUCGAUAUGACGCGUGUUAGAGGAAGCAUAAGUAUGUGCCUUCAUGUAAUCUUCUUGGUGAGCUUGUUUUUCUUAAGAAGCUGAAGCCAGCCAGUUGUGUUUGCACUAAAAACCAAAUUGCUUUUGUGAUGUUGGUUAUUUGAGCAAGCUUGUUGCGUCACUUUAGCAGUAUGCAUGAGGGUCAGUUCUAGGGACAGAGCUUGUGUCGUUUGACUUCUAAACUAUAGUGCAGCUUAGGAAAUCCCCGGAAUAAAAGCUCUGCUUUGUUCUGUUUCACAUCGUUGGAAGACAUCAUCGCGUCUCGAUAUUCCAUAUUCAAAAGAAACACCAAACAUAUAUAAUAUGACAUACCAUAUACGAUAUUUAACAUGUCUGUGGAAAAGACUGUCACACAUUUCUCUGAAUCAGUGGGAGUGCAUGAGUUCAUGAGGUCGCCUCGAGACUAUUGGUCAUGUUAUUAUUAUUGGUUUGUGUUGCAUUUGUAAUUUAUUUUUUUGUUUUGUUUAUUGAAACCUAAAAAAGGCCUACAUGCUUUUCAGUCUUACAAAUGCACCUUAUUCUCACCUGUCUGGAACGGACAGGCCUUGUAAUAUCUCUAAUUUAGCACCUUACUACACAGCAUGAUUUCACUUUAUGCCGGUUUUUGCUAUACUUCCAUGCAUAUGAUUUGAAAGAAAAAAUAAUCCUUAUAUAUUUUGUGAAAAUAUUUAAAGGGAUGUGCCAAAGUUUGGAGGCGAUCUCCCUUGUUUGUAUGUUUAUUAUUACUUUUUUUUUCUUUUCCUUCUGCUUCAGUUAUUUCAGUGGUAUCUCAUGUAACCUUUCUUACAAAUGUGUUUAGAAAAAAAAAUAUUUCAGCAAACAGUAUCAUUACUUGCCAUUUUACAGUAAGCCCUGUAUUUUCACGUAUAUUUACCAGUGAUGUGUAUUUGUUAUUAAACAGAAAAUAGCCGUAAAAGCUUCAUUAUGUUACAUAAUAUUGUGACUUUUUUCGAAAAACUGUGAAGACUUGCAUAUACUUUAUACAGAAGUAUUAAGCCUUAAUGCAAAAGACUAAAAAAAAAAAAAAAAAAAAGAGUGGAAGAAUAACUGAUUGUUGCAAAGUAAGGAUGAUUUUUUUGUAAAUGUUACCAGCACCUUUUUUGUAAUUUUCACUCUCUGAGGUAUUGUAAGUUCACUCUGUUUGUGAAGUUUGAAUAUGAAGGAAUAAAAAAAAUAGUACUUUCCUGUACAUUAAA